GCCGCAGCUGCCGCCGUGAGGACGGCCGCCGCCGCCGCCGCCGCUCCCACAAUGCUAGUCUAGUCCCGAGCCCUCGGCGACGACGACGGCGGCGGCGGCGGCGGCUCCAGCUCCAAAAUGGCGCAGACAAUCUUCGAGGCGCUGGAAGUUUGUCAGCCUCAAUAUCGUUUUUCUCAUUUGAAGUUUGAAGCAAUCUUUAAUAAGCCAACCCCUUCAUUUGUCAGGAAUAGAUAACCAGACAGUCCUGGCAGUUCAGUCGCUAUGGGAUGGUCAAGGGGCAGUUCCUGACCCAACUCCUCAGAGUGUCAACACACCUGCCACCAUCCAGUCCCUAGAUGAUGAAGAUGUCUUUCUCUGUGGGAAGUGCAAAAAGCAAUUCAACUCAUUACCAGCUUUCAUGACCCACAAGCGGGAGCAGUGUCAAGGGAGUGCGCCUGCUCUGGCUGCUGUCUCCCUGGCCACCAAUAGCAUCUAUGCUCCCUCUGUCACAUCUGUGCAGCAGGCUCCACCAGCCAAUCGCCAGCAAAUCUCUACAUACAUUACAGUCCCCCCAUCCCCUCUGAUCCAGACUCUGGUACAAGGGAAUAUUUUGGUGAGUGAUGAAGUGCUGAUGUCUGCCAUGUCAGCCUUUACAUCACUGGAUCAGCCAAUGCCCCCUGUGCAGCCUCCUGUUCAGCCACCUGUGCAGAGCAGCCUGAGUAUGCACUCAGGGCCUGGCUACCUCCCCCAGCCCCCACCACCUCCUCCACCACCUCCCCCAUUGCCUCCUCCUCCUCCUCCACAGCCCCCUCCCCCUCCCCCUCCUCCUCCUCCUUCCCAGAACCUGGGGGCUCCUGGACGUCCCAGUACCGGUGGCAGUGGAGUAAUAGAGGUUUACAAUGCCACGGCCCCCCUGGCAGGAAGCAGUGUGGUGGAAAUCCAGGCUCUGGGGAUGCAGCCCUACCCAUCUCUAGAGGUUCCAAACCAGUGUGUGGAGAAUCCCGUGUACCCCAGCCCUCCUGUGUAUAGCCCUGGGAAACAGGGCUUCAAACCCAAAGGACCAACCCCUCCAGCUCCCUUGACCAACACCACCAGUGGUAAUGUGGCUGUUUUCAACUCCUCUUCCACAUUGAAGACCCAGCGCCCUAAAAUUGAUGGUGGGCUCCAAGAAGGGAAACCCAAGUGCCAGAAACUCAAGUGUACCUACUGUGACAAGACAUUCACCAAGAACUUUGACCUGCAACAGCACAUCCGAAGUCACACAGGGGAGAAACCCUUCCAAUGCAUUGUCUGUGGCCGAGCCUUUGCACAGAAAUCAAAUGUCAAGAAGCAUAUGCAGACUCACAAGGUGUGGCCACCAGGGCACGGGUGCACCAUCUCCCGGAACUCAGUGACUGUUCAGGUCAUGGCUCUAAACCCCACCCAGCAAGAGGACGAGGAAGACCCAGGGAUUAGCCAGCCCCCCAGGAGUGUUCCCCAGCCUCAGGCCUUGGCUUCAGCGGAGGAAAACGAGGCUGGAAAACUGGAAGCCAAGCAGGUGGUCCUCAUUGACAGCUCUUACCAGUGCCAGUUCUGUCCAAACAAGUUCAGUACAUACUUCCAGCUCAGGUCACACAUGACCCAGCAUAAGAAUGAGCAGGUGUACAAGUGUGUCGUGAAGAGCUGUGCCCAGAUGUUCCAGAAGCUAGACAUGUUCCUGGAGCAUAUCAAGAGCCACCAGGAGGAGCUGAGUUACCGAUGUCAUCUGUGCAGCAAGGACUUCCCCUCCCUGUAUGAGCUGGGUGUGCACCAGUACUCUCACAGCCUCCUGCCUCAGCACAGCCCCAAGAAGGAUGUCGCUGUCUACAAGUGUGUCAAAUGUGUCAAUAAAUACUCUACCCCUGAAGCCCUGGAACACCAUCUCCAGACAGCAACUCACAACUUCCCCUGUCCACACUGCCAGAAGGUGUUCCCCUGUGAGCGGUACCUUCGACGUCAUCUACCCACCCAUGGCAGUGGGGGCAAGUUUAAGUGCCAGAUAUGUAAGAAGUUCUUCCGGAGAGAGCACUACCUCAAGCUGCAUGCCCACAUCCAUUCUGGUGAAAAGCCCUUUAAAUGCUCUGUGUGUGACUCGGCCUUUAACCGGAAAGACAAGUUGAAGCGACACAUGUUGAUCCACGAGCCAUCCAAGAAAUAUAAAUGCCCCUUCUCGAUGCAUGCUGGCUGCAAUAAGGAGUUCAAUCGGCCAGACAAGCUGAAGGCUCACAUCCUUUCCCAUUCAGGGAUGAAGAUACACAACUGCCAGUUCUGUAGCAAAUCCUUUAGCCGCCGGGCCCACCUCGUGGAACACCAGCGUUCCCACACUGAUAACUACAAAUACCGCUGCUCUAGCUGUGCCAAGGGCUUCACUCGGCACAAGUACCUGAAGAAGCACCGCUGCCGGCUGGGCCCACUCAAAGACAAAGACCCCCAGGCCUGCCGCCCCCAGAAGCAGCGGGGGGCUCGGGCUCGCAAGGCAGCUGUGCCUGACCCAUUGGGCCUGGAGGAGCUCAAGUGCAAUGCUGAGGGGGCAGAGGCAGGGGGCUCUGUCAAAGACCCCUUCCCAGAGUCAGAUGCAGUACUGUCUAUUGUGGUGGGAAGCUCAGUGGGUGGUGAGCCAGAGCUGGUGGUGCCUGGGCACUCGGACAAUAUGGGCCCCAACCUGACCCUGGCAGGACUGCAGUCUGGAGCUGAGGGUCCCUGUGCCAUGUUGGCUGUCCCUGUGUAUAUUCAGACCACUGAGUGAUGAGUGGGGAGCACAUGGCUGAACCUGGGCUUACUGGUGGGGCUAAACUCCCCACCACUGCUGCUGCUGGGUGUCUUGGCACCUUUUCUGAGAUGUAAGAAGGAAUACUUCUCAGGCUUCUUCCCUGCCUUGAGGGGGGGGAGGGGAGGUGGACAAUAGCCUACUGGGCCCUUUAGAGGCCAGGUAGCACCCCCUUAUGCAAACCAGGUGAGUCCUAGGGACUGCCUGGGGCCAGCCCAUGGUGCUGCUGUUGGGCUUGGUCCUGCCCUGGGAUACUCAGGAGAUGGGACCUGAUAUGUGUGGACUUGGGUUUGUGAUCCAGUCAGUAUGCCUGGUUUUUGGGCAAAUGGUCUUUGUCAGGGCAGACCAUUGAUCCUUCCUACUGGAAGCAAGUCAUUUAUAAACACCUCACAUCCUUUAUGCUGACUCUUAUACAUACAGGGAAGUCCUUUGGUUGGCCAAGAUCUAGGGGAGAUUUGAUGAAACUAUCAGCUCCUUUGACUGUAGUUCUUUCAUAACCUACUAGUCUUUGGGGCAGGCCAGAUGAGAAAAGGGAUGAGAGGAGAUGGGGGAGAUUGGAUGGCUAGAGCCUGGAUCUGGUCAUAGUUUGCACGCCAGUGACUCCUCUUCACCUAUUCCUGCCAUCAGAUGUUGUAUAGGAUGACAUAUAAACAUUAAGAUAAUCAGGGAGGAGAAGAAGCCAUUGUAUAAUCGGCAGUCCUCCCUCUCCCUGCCUCUGGAUGUGAGGGGUGGGUGCAAUAAGGCAGAAGUGAGGCUAUCCCUGAGGCUGCCUGUGCAAGGAGAGUGGGGGCUUGGAAAAGAGAAAAACCCAGUCACAGCAGCCUGUGGAACUCCUGACCCCCAUCCCCACCCACACCAUAAGACAUGGAGAAGCUCUGGCUCUAAAGGUGACUCAAUUCCAUGAAUAUUUGGUAGCCCUUGCCACAAUUAGUCCUUGGCCAAAUGUACUGGCAGGGAUGAGGGGGAAGGCCCAGGCUUCUUUUCUAGGUGUUCUGGGGCAGGGGGUGGAAAGAGGAAAAGAGCCACUGAAAGGAGAACAGAAUCCAGAGGGUAGUAGUAAAGUCCCCAUUCCCUAACAUUUCAUAUCCCCUGGUUCCCUCUGUCUCCAGUACUCACCUUGUGGCUGGACUUAUAAAUAACUUGGGGUCCCAAGAGGGCCGCUGCAAAGCAAAUGUCUUCAAAUGGAGUAAGGCAAAAGGUUAGUGAUCCUUGUAGGGUGUUCCUCAGUGGAAUAAGUAUUAUUUGAUGAUGGAAAUGCCAACCUCCUUUAGAUGUGAAAGGAAAGACUUUAAAGAAUGAGGCAAUCCUUGUAGCAUGAAUAGGAUCAGAGAAUUUAGAACUUAAAGGAACUUUUACUGAUCAUGUGGCCUGAUCUCUCAUUUUUCAGCCUUGGGAAAGGACCCAGAAAGGGCAAGAGACUUGUCCAAAGGCACACAGGCCAAGUGGCAGGGGCAGAGUUGGAUGUCAGGACCUCUGACUCUAAAGCUAGCACUUUUCUCACUAUUCCAUCCUGCUUUUUCUUCAUCUGCAUCUCAGUCAAAUGAACCUUGGGAGGACAGAGCUGAUGAUCUCAUGGAGAGGGAAGACCCCAAGGCAUCAUCAUGAAGCAGAACUGGCCUGGGAAUGAAGUCACUGUAUGAGGCUGGGCAGUCCAUUCUAAUCCUAUUAGGGUCUGUGGAUGGUCCAGUGUAUUAGGUGGCAAGGAUACAAAAAGGAUGAAAAACUGCCUCAUCUCAAAAAGCUUACAUGUAUAUACUGUGUAGCCAGAUGUGUAUUUAUAGGACAAUUUGAGUAUGGAGGGCUCCCCAUUGGAAAUGAUACAUUAGUUGAACUUUGAAGGAAAGUGAGCAUUCUAGGAGGCCCAGAUGAGGAGGAAGCACGUCCCAGGAAAAUGGGAAAGCCUGUGCCAAGGCACAGAAGUAGGUGGUAUGCCAAGGACAGCUGUAGGACAGUUGAACUAGAACUCACAGUAUGUGAUAGGCAGUUAAUGUGGAAUAAGUCUGGAAAGACAGGUUGGACCUAGAUCAGGAAAGGCACUGAUAUCUAGCAGAGGAGAUUUUUUUUCCUAGGAGCAAUAGUCACCCAGAGUCAGUGCAGGACACUGACCUGGUCAGAUUUGUGUGUCGAACAGAUCAGAGAGGGGAGAGACUGGAAGUGGGGAAUCUAAUUAGGAGCCUAUUAACAGCAGUUCAGAUGACAAGUGAUAAGGACUUGAAGUAGGGUAAGGGCCCUGGGAUUAGACAGAGGUACGAUUGAAACUUUUCAGCUGCUCUGGGGAUAAGUGAGGAAGAGGGAAGAAUUAAGGAUGUGGCAAGGCACUAUAGUAGGCACCAUGGCUACAAAUGCAAAGGUGAGAUAAGUCCCUGCCCUUAAAAAGCUUACAUUCUACUGAGAAGAUUUGUGUUAAAAGAUAAGUAAACACAGGACAUAGACUAGGUAAUGAGAGGCAAUAUCUUAUAGCAGAGAGUCAAUUGAGAGUCAAAAAGAUCUGGAAUUAAGCCUUGACUCUGGGGGAAGCUGGCUGUAUGACUCUGGAUAAGUCAUGUGGCUGGAAUGGUUGUGGUGUGGAUGGAGAGAAGGGGAGGGGUGCAAGAGAUGUUGAGCAACCUGGCAACUGGAUAGGAGUGAGAGUAAAGAAUUGAGGAUACAGGGAUUUCAGAUUCUUGGAUAGGGACGGGGAACACUUAGGGCUGAAGAAGAGACCAAGGAUAUGACCCUUGGAUAUGGACCCUUGGACAAGGAUAUGGUCAUAUCCAGCUAAGGUUAAUGAACUGGGAAGUCAGGACACGUGAGGGGACAUCAACAUGUAUGUCCAAGACAGAGUAUAAUGGCAGGAGUUGGUAUGAAGAGGAAGUGUGAACCAAGUGCUGAACCCUUUGGGGAAGGAGAGAAUGCCUGGAUUCUGGUAGAUAAUUGCCUCUCUAAUCAAGAUAGGAUAAUAAUCUGGGUAGGGUCAACAUCCUUGGGGAGAGGAGGUGUGGCUAUAUGGUAAUAGCAGAAGGGUGGAUCUAGAAAUGGCAGGAAAGUAGAAUUUGCCUGCUCCUGGCCCAUUGUUUAGUGGGGGAAGGAUGUUGAUCCAGACUGAAAGUGUCUCUAGUCCUGAACUGGAAGGAUAGUUAUUUAGUGUCUUCUAGGGAGAUGAGUGGGACAGAUUUACAAAGGGGUCAGAAAAUGGAUGAAGUGUAGAAAAAGUCUAAGCUGAAGAGUUUAUUAACAGUAGAAUGAGAGGGCAGCUGGGUGGCUCAGUGGAUUGAAAGCCAGGCUUAGAGAUAGGAGGUCCUGGGUUCAAAUUUGGCCUCAGACACUUCCUAGUUGUGUGAUCCUGAGCAAGUCAUUUAACCAUUGCCUAGUCUUUACCACUCUUCUGCCUUAGAACCAAUACACAGUAUUGAUUCCAAGAUGGAAGGUAAGGGUUUAAAGAAAAUGUUUAGAACUAUGUAUAAAAAUAAGAGUAGAUAAACCAAGAGUCAAGGCCUGGGCCCUUACCUUAGUGGUAAAGCAAAUUUAUAAACAGGAAGGACCAACCAGAUGCCUAAGGCCCAGAAAGGGAUGGAGUGAGAGACUAUUUGGCUGGGGCUGCCACCCUUAAGGGACCCAUGGUGAAAGGUAUCCUCACUUCUUUCUCAAAUACCAGGGAAGAAGGGAAAUGGGGACUGGUGUCAGAGAGCCCAUUCCUAAAGGAUAUUCUGAAGGCAGUGGUGUCUGAGGCUUUGGUCUUGGAAACCUGGAGGCCUGCUAUAAAAGGUUCUAAUCCUGGUUGGGGACAGUAGGUCAGAGGCCUAAUGCUUGAGGCUCUGCAACCCGGAUAUUGGUCUAAUCCAACAAUACCUUGACCUGGUGAUUGUUGAAGAGGGGAGUAAUAGGAGGCUCCAAGGAAGUUGGGUUGAGGGGAGAAAGGAUGAGGAGGCUGGGGAAUGGGCAGUGAUGGGAAACCUUUUGUGGAUGAAGUGUCUGGCCCCGCCCUCCCCAACUGUGUGCUGUGCCCCUCCUCACCCACAAGUGCCAGGUGCGCCCUGUCCUCCCCUCCUUACCUGACACAGGAGCAGGGAAAGGCUCCCAUUGGGCUGCUGGGCAGAGGGAUGGGGUGGGUAAAGUGAGGAAUGUUCUCAGUGAGUGUAGAGAGGGGGAGGGGAGUGGCUCUCAAGCUCUCUGUUCCACUCCAACUCUGCUGCUUAUGAUCUGCCUACCUUAUCCAUUGUGGGCUCCCACUGGCUGCUGGGCAGAGGGGUGGAGGAUAUGAAAAAAUAUCAUCAGGCACAAUGGACAGGGGCAGGAGAGCAGCUCUGCCUGAGUCCCUCUUCCUUUAUAUUAAUGAAUUUGGGGUGGGGUGGGGAGGGUGGCCUUGUGUCCACAGAGAGGGAUCUGGGUGCCAUCUUUGGCACCUGUGCCAUAGGUUCGUCAUCACUGGGUUAGGGCAUUCAUUGGCAAAGAAAACUGCUACUCUCAGAUCUUUUAUUAUAAACUUACAAAAGCAUUAUUCUGAGAACAGGUAGGUGACUCAGUGUAUAGAGUCAGACUGAGAGACAAAGAAUUUAAAUUGAGUUCAGAUCUGGCCUCAGAUACUUCCCAGCUGUGUGACCCUGGGCAAGUCACUUAACCCCUAUUGCUUAGCCUUUAUCACUCAUCUGCCUUGGAACCAAUACUUAGUAGUGAUUCUAAGAUAGAAACAAGGAUUAAAAAAAAAAAAGUAUUGCUCCCUCUGCCACUUUUGCCCUGGUGAUGUUUGGUUCUACCAGCAGGCCUCUUCAGUGUAAAUGUCUUUCUUUUUCUGAGGACUAUUUUCUCAUCUAUUAAAUGAAUCAUUUGGAA